AGAUGCCCACCCAGCCGGGGAUCCCCCUCGUUUCAGUGUCACGUCCGCUGGGCUCUAGGGCAGAACAACUACGCAUUUCCAGACACGGCGAGAUCGGGACCUAGGGUCAAAACAAGAACAGAGAACCGCCCACUCACUGUCGCGCGGCGCGAGCACCAGGCCCUUCUGCGAUGUUUUACCUGGCUGCGGCCGUGUCAGAUUUCUAUGUUCCUGUCUCUGAAAUGCCUGAACACAAGAUCCAGUCAUCUGGGGGCCCACUGCAGGUGAUGGGCGCUUCUCUUCCAGAGAUCUGAUCCCAUAUAACCAAUCUUGGGUUAAUUUCCUCUUGAUCUGGAGAUGGCCUUUCUGCAUCUGUAUGCGCUAGGCACAGGGGAUACAGAGAUGAAUAAGACACCACCCUCCCUCAUGGACCUCACAAUGUAGUGAGGGAGCUGGACACAGACAUAAUUACAGUACAGAGUGAUAAAUGCUCUAGUGGAGAUAACAAUGAAGAUGGUGCCAAAAAUGCUUUCUCCUUUGGUUAAAGAUUGGGCUCCCAAAGCAUUUAUAAUUUCCUUUAAGUUGGAGACUGACCCCUCCAUUGUAAUUAAUCGAGCUCGGAAGGCUUUGGAAAUUUAUCAGCAUCAAGUGGUUGUGGCUAAUAUCCUUGAGUCACGACAGUCCUUUGUGUUUAUUGUAACCAAAGAUUCGGAAACCAAGUUACUGCUAUCAGAGGAAGAAAUAGAAAAAGGCAUAGAAAUAGAAGAGAAGAUAGUCGAUAAUCUUCAGUCUCGACAUACAGCUUUCAUAGGUGACAAAAACUGAAGUAAAAAGCCCUUACAGGAUCAAAAAUUGUUCAGGGCUCUUACAGAUGGUGAAAACUAUAAUAAAACCUUUGCUUUCAUAUGGACAGAUAACAUGAAGGAAAGGGAAAAGGCAGUGGUGUGCAGGCAAAUAAGGCUUGGUAUUUGUCUUAAUGAGGACACCUGAUACACUCACCUGAAUGUCAUCUUGAUUUUGAAAUUGAACACUAGAACGGUUUCUCACCUUUAAAAAGAAGAGCUUAUUGGGAAUUACAUAUUCCUUAAAAUAUACAUGGGGGCCUGAAUAUCGUCUGUCUUUAUACUAUAAAAAGAGGAUUAUGGAUGCAUGAAUGGCCAUGCUUUGGAGAUCAAAUAUUUGUUCAGUGCCUACUGUGUGUCAGGCCCUGUGCUGAGCCAUGAGGAUUAAAAAGAUGAAUGAACAUGUCUUGUUUGGGAAAUGGAUGUAUAAAAAAUUAAGUGCAAUAAAGUGUCCAAAAGCUGACUCAAUGAAAAGGA